AGAUUAUUUAGAGGUUUUGUUGAUGCCCAGGUACUCAUUGUUGGCUGUCGUCGUUAUUUUGAUCAUUGGCAAUGUAAAUGGGCGAUCCUAAGAAAUGCUAAGAAAGUGUUAUGGAUGGCCGGUCAUCAUCUCGAGUAUUUCGUAAGGACAUCAUUUCCCAGGAAGCACACUGUAUUAAACAGCUGUGUGUAGAGACAGCCGUGGUAAACAAAACCCACAUCAAUGGAUCACAAGUGUUAUGGACUAAAACUGACGAAGCACUUCUUCAUCUUUAUCUCGUCUGCUAAUUGACGAAAAAAAAGUAAACCAUUCUUCCGAAAAUACGGGAUUUUUUUUCCAAUAUCGUUAAACGCAUUUUUUGUUCUAGGUUAGGCUUGUUGAAUAAACAGUUUUCGCGGGGUAAUUGUUUUGGAUGUGUGCUUUGAAACAGUUGAAUGUGGACGCGGAGGAGCCGUCGGAAAGCUAAUUUCGGAACGAAGAGAUCCGAUUUGAAAUUGGAUUUAGGCUGACACUAAAUGAUAGCGUGGAGAAAAACAAACUGACCCAGUUGCACGCUUUAUAGGGUAAACACUGCCGCAAUUUAUAAUAUAUCGCGUUUUCUUACAGCGCGUACCCCAUCAUCAAAAACCAUGCUUAAUUUCUUUCGUAGCAUAGGGCCUGGAUUAUGUUCGCCUGGGACUAUAAGCGAGCUUCUAUGGCGAAGCCCAUCACUAGUCCUCUGGUGAAUUGUGACUGUAUGGUACUGACGCAGUCCUGGGUCAGCGAUGAGCCCCGUCUUGCAAGAACGACCAGGCACAACCGCCCUCAAGAAGGGAUCUUCCAAAGACAGAAUAAGGACUAAAGCGUCCGGAAAUAUUGGACAAGUGACCAGCUCCAAGAAAGGGAAGGCCAUUCUGAGCCUCAGAGCCCAGAAGAAGUCCGGCGCACAGCCCAAGCACGGAUCCCCUCGCCAGGGCAAGGAACUUCCCCAGGCCGCAGAGCGAGGAUCUCAGCGAAAAGGGUGCAGGACCAAAUCUGGAAGUCUCUCCGUAACUGAGAGUACAACUCUGUCUCCUUCUCCAGAUACAGCCCGGAUAUCGGGGAAAGAAGACGGGAAACCAUUACUCUCCCCGCUGGCAGAAGGGAGCUGGAGGGAGAAGGUCCUGCCGGGGUCCUGCAGUGGGAGUGAGACCGAUGUAGGCUCCUUGGGUUCGGGGAAGAGCAGGCCCCUGCUGUCUCUGCCCCUCGUGCCCCCUCAGGAGAAGCGGUGUCCCGAGCUGGGCACAGGCCAGCCCCCCAGCCUGGAGACGCUAAAGCUGUACGCGGGAGAGGAAGAUGACGGCGACAACGCCAGCGAUCUCUCCGACUCGGAGAGGCUCCCAGUGCUUCCUUCCCCCUGCACCCCCCCGCAGCUCCACCUUCGGGCCGAGGUCGUCGAUCCCAGUGACCUGCACCCCUAUUUCCCCGGUGCCCGAGGAGGGGGCUCCCCUGGUUACAGCUACCCAGACUUCCUGCCUCCUCCCUUCAGUUCCUGGAGCCUGCGCCAGCUGGCGCUGUUUCUCAACACGGAGGGGAAGGGGGCCCCGCGCCCGAAGCCCGUGGGGCAGCUGGAGAGGUACCUGGAGAGGCUGCUGCAGCUGGAGUGGCUGCAGAUCCAAACCGUGCAGGCGGAAGGUAGCAAGUCCCCCUCUCUCGUGUCGGCCGCCCGCCCCCGGCCUCACACAGCCCCUCCGGCGCACCUCAGCUCCCCCAAGAGCCUCCGCCAGUGCCAGCGUGCCUUUCCCUUGGCCUUCCUGUCCUGCCUGGGGAAUCCCUCGGCCCCUCAGCUCUCCCGGCCGGCCUGUCCUCACUGCCGGGUCCACUACCCUUUCUGUAACGGCGCCUGCCGCGCCUACGCCUACCAGCGCCACUCCCGGCUCAGCCCCUUGCUGGAGCGGCGAGCCGGAGCCUGCGGGCCCCAGAGGAGGAGCAGCAGCGAGAGCCGGGUGGCCUCCUCGGACCCCCGACCAGGGGUUCAGGGCCAAAAGCCUGAGAGCCCCUCGCCCGGAGCCGGCCACCUGAAGCGCAUGCAGGCGGCCGGUAACAUCCGCAAUCCGCUGCCAGUUCCAGCUUCGGGCAUCAAGCCCCCGGCUGCACCCAGGGGAGGCUGCGCCCCGUCUGCAGCCCGGAGCAGCAGUCAGAAAAGUCCCGUGGGGGGGAAGAGUUUGCUGGCGGAGAGGGGCGCCUCCAGUAGGAGCCUGCGUGAGGUCAGCCCGCUGAGGAGGGGUGGGAAUGAGAGGCAGCGGGCCCUGACAGGGGUUUUGAGUCAAGAGACAAAGCAAGAUUCCGUCUUGACAGAAAAAGACCCUUCUCCUGUCUCCAAGGGCCCAUCUGCUGCCAGGUCUAAUGGAAGAGUAAAACAUGUUCAGUUCAUGACCAAGUGACUGCACCCACCUGUACAGCACACCUUCCUGUCCCUAAUUUGAAGACAGUAUUAUUGAUUUAGGUCUUAUGACGUGCAAUGCAGUACUGCACCUGUUUGCAAUAUCUUGCUAUUGAUAACAUUAGUAAACCAGCGCAGAAUUUAAGCUAAAGUGUUGUAUUUUACAUAUGUUAAUGAGACAUUUGUAGGAAGAAUUACUAUACACAUCUUGCAUGAAGUGAUAAGAUUCUAAAGAAGGGAAAUUGUCAAAGAAUAAGCUAAAAAUGCAAGCUGAAUUGCUUUGUUCUAAAAUCUGAAAGGUUGUAAGAAGAAUGUCUGCUGAUCACUAGGAAAGGCAAGAUUAGGUUUUUGCAGUAUUUAUCAAUAGCAGACUAUAUUGGAGCAAGUCUAGCUCGGUCUUGGUGUUUGUAUUAUUUUCACAAUUAAUUCUUAUUGUAGUAAUGUAUCCACUUACAAUUUGAUAUUUAUGUUAAUUCUUUUUUUUUUAGCCUAGUGACGUUAUGCAGUGUUGUAUUCAAUUCAGUCCACUACUUCUCUUGAUCAUUGUAUUUGCUGUCUUUUCAUGUGGUCAAAUCAAGUACUUUUGAAGUGAGUAUGAUCUUUUUGUUGAAAGGAAAUAGGUAUUGAUGUUUGUGGUUUGAUAUGCUUAAAAAUAUAUAUUUUUGUGUGUUCAUUAAUCCAAUCCAUAUAUUUUUAUUUGUAUACUACUGAAAGGCUGACUCUUCCCUUUCUGUUGAGUGUUUACCAGAUUUACAGUUUUCGUAGAAUUAUAUGAAAUAUAUUUUUUGUUCCGUGAAAGAUGUUUCGGAAGUACAGUAUUUCUAGACAGUCAUAUUAAGCAAAAUGGUAUAUACUCUUUUUUAUUUAAUGUAUUAAUUUAAAAAUAAUGAUAGAAUAGAAGGAUACCCUAUUCAUGUAUUAGUAGCGUUGAUGUUCUGUUUAUAAAAUACACAGGGCAGUUACUCAUAUCAGUUAUCAAAAAUGCACUUAAGCUAUUAUCAAAUGUUUUAUUGAUAUGAAGAAAUCAGGAAGAUCGUUAAUACAACAUUUCAAUGCAAUACUCGAAAAUAUUGUGAAAAAUGUAUGUACUUUGAUUCAUGUAGGUAAAAAAGGCUGUACAUUUAUUUGCAUUUAUGGUCAACAUGUCUGUUUUUAUUGGAACACUGAAAUUUUAUUUUGCACUGAAAAUGUUUUUUCGUUCAUUUGAAAAGUCCACAAUAAAAAGCAUGGAAUAGUGUACUAAUUUAUACAAUUGUAAGGUAUGCAAUACAUUACGAUAACAGUUAAUACAGUUAGUACAAGAACUUAUAUUUGUAGACUUGCAUUUGUUCAGGUACUGUAUGAACAGAGGAAUCAGGGAUGAACAGAAAUAUCAAAUCUGUGUUUUACCUCAAACGUACGUUGAUUGUAUUGCAUAAUAUUUCCAAAUGAUGCAUUUCCCUUUGGUCAUAUGAGAUGCAACAGUUUGUAAAGCAUGAAAAAUAAAUAUUUCUGUUUCCUAACUUGUAUUGCACUGCUUUGGAAAAGAUAAGUCGUGAUAUUUUUAAAGACAAUUAUUAAAAUGCAGAACAUUG